AGCAGUCGAACGUGGCUCACUCGAGCAGCCUGUGCUGAAAGCGAACCAGGGAUCGGAAGAUGGCAUCCACCGACCGACCUGAUCCUCCAACACAGCCGUGCCUUCCACCUGGAGAUGAUGCGGCCGCUCCCCCCAGAGAAGCCCUGAUUACCACCGCUGUACAAUUUCUACAAAACCCAAAAGUAUGUCAGAGUCCCUUGGCCACCAGGAGAGCCUUCUUGAAGAAGAAAGGGCUGAGGGAUGAGGAGGUGGAGUUGGCCAUCCAGCGCUCUGGCAGCACAGAAGAAGUCCUGCCUGUGAGCCCUGUGGGGCCCCCACAUCCACUCCAUGCAACUCAGCUGGCGCUUGCACCACAUAGUCCAGCAGGCUACAGAUGGAGAGACUAUGGUGCCCUCACCAUCAUCAUGGUGGGCAUCGCCUUUGGCUUCCAUCAGCUUUACAGAAAAUACAUCCUUCCCCUCAUUAUGGGCAGCCGAGAGGACAAGAAGCAUCUGCAGAGGAUGGAGAGCAACAUUGCAGCAAUGAGUGGCACGCUGACACAGACAGUCAGCCAGCUGCAACAGACCCUGGUCUCCGUCCAGGAGCUCCUGAUCCAGCAGCAGCAGAGAAUCCAGGAGCUCUCGCAGGAACUGGCUGCAUCAGAGACAUCGUCUUCAACCUACCGCGUUCUGGACAACCAAACAGUUGGAGAGCUGAAGGCUGAGAUCGUCUCUUUGAAGGGCUUACUGCUCGGCAGGAGACAGUUCCCGUCCACUCCCGCUAUUCCUAAAAUCCCCUCAUGGCAGAUUCCCCUGAAGCCACCCUCGGCACCCGGCUCGUCGCCAGUCAACCACACCAACAGCAGCAGCGACAUCUCCCCCGUCAGCAACGAGUCCGCCAGCUCCUCCCCCAUCAGAGAUGGACACCACAGCCCCCAGGAUGCACUGGGAGGGCCCGAUGGAGUGCAUGGUAUCGACAAAGACGACAGCGCUGUGGGCGAGGGCGCAACCCAGGCCCUGGACCUGAAGGACCGCAUGGAGGUACAGGGGGAGGAGGAGGAGGAGGAGGAGGAGGAGGAGGAGGAGGAGGAAGAAGAGGAAGAAGAGGAGGAUGAUCUCAGCCAGGUAGAGGAGGAGGAGGAGGAGGACGAUGUAAGCAUGCAGACAGUGGAUCGGCGUGGUGGGGAUGGACAGAUUAACGAACAGGUGGACAAACUGAGGCAGCCCGAGGGUGCCAGCAAUGAGAGCGAGGUGGAUUAGAUAGCAGUAGAAAGCGCAAAGACACUCUCCAAACACCGCUUCUCAUCUCUGCCGACGGCUUUGUUUCAUUAUGCUCCUCUCCGCUCACAUUUGUUUUGUUUUUUUGUGUUUUUUGUUGUUUUGUUUUGUUUUUAAUCCAUCUUCACUGUCUGUUUCCUCUUGUUUCUCUAACAUCUUAAUCUUGAGCAAAAUGAGGCGUGGGCGUGAGAAGACGCAAAACUGACAAAUACUGGAGUGUCUAGUUGACACACGGCUUACCUCGAUUUACUUUUCAUCACGCAGACUAAAUGACUGCACGCCGAGCCAAAUACCAUGGUGUGACGUUUCUCUGAAAGAGGAAACGACGAGCAACAGUCAAAUCCGAAUGACUCUAAAAGGCUGUGUGCAGUGACUGCUUUUAAUUUCAUCAUUUUGAUCAGAUAAUUCACAGCUUUGCCUUGGUGUCCUUGUAACUGUACUACGGUUCUUUAUAAAGACCAAAGAGAGCAGCGCUGCACACAAUCUCUCUCUCCUGUAUAGUGCAGCUGUAGGUCAGGAGUCAUAUGUUGGCACUUCAGUCUCAAAGUUACCGUGAGCUCCCAGAGAAGCAUUAGCAGAGUUUCUCUCCCUGUUGACGGCAAUAGGAGAGGACAAGCUCUUCCAGGGCCGGAGCUUUUAGCCUCUUUUAUGUGUCCUUUCGCAUUGGUGUCAGUCUGUCAAUAAUUCACAAGGCCAGCGGGGUGGCAUUUGGGUGAAAUAAAAGCCCUGAAAUUCGAGAUUAGAAUGUGAUGACGGGCUUUGUUCCAUGCCGGUGUCAGAGUGCUCAUUCGCUCAAAGGAGGAAGAAGAUAAAAUGUUUUUUUUAGUUGUUUUUUUUUACCCCCCCCGCUUUCCGUUUUUCACUGUGCGGCUGAAUUGUGCAUCUUUUGCAAGCGAGAAAACCCAGACGGUCUCCUGAGCUGUUUCUGCGUCUCCAGCAGGGCAGCUGAUUUGGUUUGUGAAGUAUGUUAAUAAUCAAAUGAUCAACAAAUAACAGAUGUAUUAGUUCAUGCAGCUUGAAAUGUCAAGGAGGCUAAAAGCGGAAAUCUAAUACAGAAAGCCCAGUUGCAUUGUAUUAUUUUCCGUGACAAACCCUGCGGUCCAAAUUACGUAGGGCCUCCUACAGUGAGUAAUCUUUACAGAAAACGGCGGCAAUAUUUUAUAAUUAAGCUGCAGUAAGACAACGAGGGCUGCCACGGAUGGAAGUUGCAGAACUUGUAUCACUUUUCUCAAGUGUGGAGGUGGAUGGGGGAAGUUAGAAGAAAAACAUUGCCCCAUGAUUGAAAAGGAAAGUAAUAAAUGAAUACUUGACUUAUUGAAUUACUCACUCUGUACUCACUGUCUCCAGCUAACAAGAAGAGUCCAUGAAUGAGAAGAAGGGGAUAUCAGCUCUGGUGCCAUUUCCACCUCCAUCACAUGGCCUUCAUAGCAAGACAGAAAAGGUAGAGGGGCACUGCUCUUUUUUCACCCGUCUUAACCGACAGAUUCAGUCGGGUGAUGUUGAUCGAGUUUCUGUUGAAAUGAGGAGUCAACAACAAUACAGUAUGCUGUAAACUAUAUAUUUUUUGAUUUAUGUAGAGCUGAAUUUGUAUGGAUGACUAAGGUUGGUUUAAAGAAGUACAUAAUCAAGAGGUGUAACUUUUGUUUCGUAGCCACUGUAGAACCAGUGACUGGUCCUCUCUGUAACCUGCUGAUUACUGUCUGAUCGUCGGCCCAUAAUUGUACAACAGUGUAAUAAAUCUUUAUCUCAAGUAGAAUCUCUUAUAUUUUCCUUUUAAACCCACUGGACAGUAAAUACAUGCUGCUGUAUGUUACUCUUAAAGGCUCAACUUAGUAUUACAGGGAUUUUCCACGUUUAUAUUUUUGCAUAAGUAUAUAUUUUGAAACACACACACAGCAAAAUACUUGACUUGCAGUAAAGAACAAUGUUCCAGUUCUGAAUCAUAAUUGAGUGAAAUAUACCAUAUGUGUAUGUCCAUCCGUCCAAUUAAUAUUAAAUGAAACAAAAAAGAAUGCUCGAUAACAAACAAAAACUCAAAUCACACAAAAAGUUGUCCUUUAAGUCUGUUGUGCAGUCGUCAUUUUAAAUCUCUCUGAGAUGUUUGUUGGAAUGUGGUUGUGUGUGUUCAGGUGCAGGAUGGUUUUCUGCAACAUUCAUAUCAAGUAACAAGUAUUUUUUUUCUAUGUGGCUAAAAAUUGAGUUCGGUAAUAAUAUAAAAAAAUGAACUUCUGCUAACCAAGUUUGAGCCUUGUACAUCCAGGAAAUACAAAUCCAACAUGCAUGAAUAUCCAAAUUCUAAAAUCAUUUUAUGUCAAAGGUUCUGAUAUAUUUGUGGUUCCUGAGCUUUCUGUCUCUUUGAACCGGCUGUAAUUUGUGUCUCAGAUACAGAUGAGAACCCUACUGUACUUUUCAGAAAGCCAUGAAACCUUUUUGAGCUUUCUCUCUGGAAUUGAUGAGUGACAUAGUUUCACAUUAUAAGUGUUGUUUUCAUUGCAUAGGUGGAUCGUCAGAGUCAGUUGAGACGGUUAGAGACGGUUGUUGGUGUGGGAGUAGGGCUUUCUAAAAAAAAAAAAACAAAUGCAUUGAAUAUGAUGAGGAAAGCCAUUAUAGACUUAAAUGUAAUUUUUAUAAAGGGCUUUAUUUUGAAAUAAAUACUUUUUGCUCAUUCCAACAGGGUGAGACAGGCAGAGAGAAGGACAAUAAAGGAGAGGUUGUAUAAUGAUUGCAGAGACAAAAGGUAUGCUGGGAUUUUUCCCAGGAAACUGAUUUCACCAGGGUGAAAAGAGGGACCAUGUGCCAUUUACUGUAUAAACUGUGAACUAAUAACACGAUAAGUCUAUCGCCAUGCUAGCAGUUCAGUGAGGUUGUAAUGCAAAAACACAAUUGCUAAUCUAGAGAUUGUUUGGGUGAGCUUUAAUUCUUACCACCAGUGGGGUGAAAAUGUUGAUUGUUAAAUGGUAACCUAAAUCCGAUGGCUUCGUCCUCAUUAGUGUCCGUUUUAGGACAUCUCAGAGUCCGCUUGUCAGGUUCAGUGCUACAUUGUCUAAGCUGUUCCUUCUCAAUCCCAGCUACACUCAGGUAAAACAUGCUAAGCAUACUUAAAGAAAUAAGCCCUAAGUAUAAGUGAUCGAUACCAAUGCUACAAAUGGUUCAGCAUAGUUGCAUGCAUUAUUGUUGCUAACUUGUAUAAGAUACUAACUACAACAUGUACCUUAGCUAUUAACAUGCUAGUACAUGUAACAUGUAUGAAUAUCUGUAUCUAAUUUGAUGGAGUUCUCCCACGGUUAAGCAUUGCACACUAUUGUCUUUUUUUAUUUUCACACGUUCUUCUCUCUUGUCAAAACCCAGCACCCACAAUUGCAUUACCCACAAUGCAACUCAGGGAAUCCAGUGUGUAAUGCCAGUAGCAGUUUAGCCUCUAGCUAGCGGCUAGCCUAUUAUCAGAUUCGGUGCAGCUCCCUGUUUAGCCACAAAAGGCUUUUUACAACACAGUAGUUAUCCAUACCUGUACAAUUGUUGGAUUUCCCCUUAAAUGGGAGUUCUUCCAAUAGUUUAAAGAAAUACUCAGAUAAUUUUCUCUGCAUCUAAAAUGUUGGACUGAGUCAUUGCUUUAUCCUUAGAGCUCCACCUGAAACUAGAUGGAUGACUUGUUGUGUUGACUUUCAUUCAACUGUAUCUCAAUGUUUGGUGGAAUCAGUCUCCCCUCACACAAGCUAUGGCCUGAUGGGAUGCUGCUUUAGAUGUAGCUAAAAUGCUAACAUGUAGGGAGUGUACUGUAUGAGCGACUUAGGAUCCAUAGCAUUAAUUCAUACCAGAUAUUUCCAAAAUCCUCAACUUCAGUUAUUCCUUUUGAUGUACUUUUUAGCAAAAGAGGGUGGAUGCUGGUUUCUGGGAGCAUUGACGAUACAGCUCAAGUCACACACUGCCACUGAUACAAUAUCCCACCAUAGAUUCUCAUCCCCCCAAAAAAAGCUGGACUGAAAAAGCCAAUUUUUCCACAUCCAGGGAAUUCUGAAUAUUGCCGUGCAUUAUCAAGUGUAUGAAUUUAAUUUAUCCGGGUCUAAAUGAUCAAUAGCGUUUCACAUAUUGAUGAGGUGUAUAAACUUCUCUGAGGUUCGAUACCACAUCCCUUUGUAAUCCAUUAACCUCUCCCUGGAGUUCAGGCCAACCUUAGAUUUAUAGGGACCGACUGUAAUAAAUCCACUUGUACAUCAUUUAGUGUCUUGGGGGAUUUGCAGUGCAUUCCUGUCCAGAAAGCACCAUCUAUUCUACCCUCAUAUUUUCAUUUGCAUUUCAAAAAUCUUAACAACAUCCACCAGAGUCUGCAUACCCUUUCAGAAACCUUGUGCCUGUGUAAAUACACUUCCUGGGUCGAGCUGGCGUAUCAGCCGGUAACCAGCGCCUCUCAGCUUGGUAGUGCAGUGAAGGAUUGUUAGUCCAAAGCAACACCUUGGUUUUGACACCAUUUGGCUCCCCGGUUGGGAGCCUUAACCUCAUCAAUCUUGCUGCUAAACGGAGAGCACUCAAUAGGGUAGUGUAUCGACGCACUCUGAACUCCAUUGUUCACUGGAACUGAGCACUCAGCAGGUUAGAGGGCCGGGUGUCUUCUUGGAUCAAUGCAAGUGUUGUUAGCCCAUUGCAGCCAGUCAGAGGGCUACCGUGAUCCCUCUUCACCACGCGCGCAUCGUCUCUACUCGUUUAAAACUGCUUCUUGAGCGUUGAUCCCGGUCCAGCUUUUGUUUUCCCAUCACACUGACUCAGGAUAUUUCAUAUCCUAGCAGCAUAGGUCCGGUUCUUGAAGCUUCACGCUCCACCCAACAUGGCUUCAUGACAUCUCCCUCCGAGGGGAAUUGCCCUGUAAAGAUUUGCAUAGAAAAAGGUCACGGACAAUGCAGGAAGAGGAGGCCUGAGGAAGAAAUGCUCCUAUUUCCUCUUCCCUGUGAGAUAAAGAGCACGUGGUGUGCAGCUGGGAGCAAUCUCAUGUAAUACUUGAUUUGUGACACGGCCUUUGGAACUCCACCGGUCACUUUGCCCCUCUGGAAAUAUCCUUAUACUCCUCGGGAAUCCCCGUUUGGACUGAUGUUAUCAACAUCUGUUAACCGCCUUUCAAGACAACGGUCAAAUGGUGACCAUUAUACUUGUUACAUCAGAAUGUCAUUGUGAGCACGUUAGCAUGCUGCCGUUAGCAUUAGGCUCAAGUACAGCCUCACAGAGCCGCGUGCAUGGCAGCAGUCUCCUUGCUUAAUAUUUCAACAUAUGCUAAUGAUUCAAUGGGUUAGCUGGCCCAAACCUUUCUCUGACUGAUGCGUUUCCUCAAUAGUGUUAUCAGCUGUGAAAGUAAGGAAGCACGGGUCACCUCCAAAAGCUCUCCGCGGCUGUCUCUCUAAAAGCAGCUUACCGGCUCUGAGCAGCCGCUGAACACUCGCUCCUUCCUGGUGAAAAGGAGAACAUUUGACAAGCCAAGGUCAGCGGGGGGGCUUUGCCUGUAUAAGGCUUCAAUCGAAGGCCCCAGCGAACACUGCAAAGUCAUAAAGCACUUUGUCAUCACUCGCUAUAUAAACUCUCAACAAUCAAGUGGGAUCACAUUCCCUCCCUCCCUCUCUGUGUGGCCUGUGUCACUUGAUUUUCUCCUGGCGCCGUUUCAAAUCCAAAUGGAGUGAGUAUGUGGAUACUGGAAGGCUGUCAUGUGGAAAGCUGUAGGGCCCCUUUUGAACCUGAAGGAAAGCUUCACUCAACUUAUUGGCAGGUAGAGGAGAGCGCUGGUGAGGAGCAGUUAGGGGGGGGGACAGUGGCAAGCUGUAAAAAAAAAAAAAA